GCCGAGAAUUCUGUGCUGUUCUGUGCCUACGGUUUCUGUCAGCAAACGGUGUGUUAUGUGAGACAAACGCAAACCUGUACUCCCAUUGAUAACGCAAUGGCAGGAUUUUUUGCCGCAUUUUUCUCGUCAUUCACGUUAUGUCCGACAGAACUAAUAAAAUGCAAAUUACAGGCACUCAGGGAAACAGGAGUCGUCACUAAUAUUGGUUCCGUUCAAUUGACGCGACAGAUACUACGCGACGAAGGCAUUCCCGGUAUGUUUAGGGGUCUGUCCUCUACGAUGGCCCGCGAAAUGCCCGGAUAUUUCUGCUUCUUUGGCGGCUAUGAGUUGGCGAAGAAUGUGUUGCGAAAGGAUCCCGAAGAACAGAAUAUAGGGUUAGUGAAGACGAUACUCGCGGGCGGAUUCGGUGGCAUCUGUUUGUGGACUUCGAUCUUCCCGUUCGAUGUCGUCAAGUCUCGCAUUCAGAUCGAGUCGAGUCGCGACAAAUUGGUUACUGUUUUGAUGCGAAUCGUGCGGACAGAGGGUGUGAGGGGUCUGUACAGCGGUCUGACGCCCACUCUAUUGCGGACAUUCCCCUCAACCGGCGCUCUCUUCGUCGCCUACGAGUACACGAAGGAAACGCUGACAGCAGUUGUCGACAAAACGCUUUAACUUUAAUUAGGAUUAGAUUUAAAUCAUUAUUUUUAUUAAAACGUUUAAUAUAU